GGUACCAACGGGGGGCGGGCAUGUUCCAAUCAACGAGCCAAACCGCUCGGGGUUCCGUUCUGGUAGUAAUGCGCUCCAGCAGCAGCAGCCGCUAGCGUGCAAAAGGGGACAAAACGGCCACCACACAUGAUGUCAGCCAUUGCGGCCGAGGCUCCCAUCACAUGCGACGAGAGUCUGCAGGCGUUUGUGUGUGAGUGUGUGAGUGUGUGGUGGCCCAUGGCCGCCGCCCAGAAGCGUGCGCGAAAGUGCGCGAGACCGACCAGCUUCGUCUUUUUAACCGACUCCGUCCCGGCUCGGGAUUUAAGCAAUUGAUAUCUUCCCCCACACCCCCCGGACGAAAGAAAGCCUGAUCUCUCUUCUUCCUUUCCACCUCAUCCCAAUACCUACGAUUAACACCUGUCAUACCUCCUCUCCUACACCACGCACAACAACCGCAGCCAUGGGUCUCGCCAACGACAAGUUCCCCUCCUCCGUCGCUUUCGACGCCAUCGCCUCGGCCCUCGACGCCAGCCCCGAGGACCGCAAGGACGCCAUCAAGCAGGCCAACGCCGUCUUUGCCUUCACCCUCAAGAACAAGGCCGGCGAGACCGAGAGCUGGCACGUCGACCUCAAGGAGUCUGGCAAGGUUGCCACCGGCACCGGCGCCAAGCCUACCGGUACGUUCAACACCUUACCCCCAUGGCUUGAUUUAGGCGGUGACGGCCGGGCGGAGCGCGCGCGCGCGUGAACUGUCGCUGCACGAGGGCAGCACUGAGCAGCGUCACGAGCCAGAAAACCCCCCCUCAUCAUCCAUCCCUUCCAAGUUGGGAUCCUUUCUUGCCCCCAUCUUUCUUUUCGCUGACAGACAAAUCGCAUAGUCACCCUCGUCCUCUCCGACGAGGACUUUGGCAGCCUGGUCGAGGGCAAGGCCAACGCCCAGCGCAUGUUCAUGUCCGGCAAGCUCAAGAUCAAGGGCGACAUCAUGAAGGCCACCAAGCUCGACCCCAUCAUGAAGAAGGCCCAGAACUCUGGCAAGGCUAAGCUGUAAGCGGCUGGUCGCCUACGAGGGAGAUGGUCUAAAGAAAAGAGACGGGGCCGAUGAGCGGCGCUAACGGGGGGGAAGAGGCGAGAAGAGGAGGGAUAUGGUUCACGAUAUCACUGUAACAUACACCACUGCCAUAUACAUGCCGUCCGUAAAGGCCGUGCUCUUGAAUAAAGGAAUGCAUUGGGGACAG